GUAUAAAAGCGCGGCGCGUUGGCUUCCCCUUCCCUGUCUUUGUGGCUUCUUCGCCUGGCCAAGAUGGCGCCGCCAAAGGACAGAAAAGCUAAGAAAUCAACCUGGAAGUUUAGCCUUGACCUUACCCAUCCAGUAGAAGAUGGAAUCUUUGAUUCUGGAAACUUCGAGCAGUUUUUGAAGGAAAAGGUUAAGGUCAAUGGGAAAACUGGAAACCUGGGAAAUGUUGUUCAUAUUGAACGCUUCAAGAACAAGAUUACAGUUGUAUCCGAGAAACAGUUUUCCAAAAGGUACUUGAAAUACCUUACCAAGAAGUACCUCAAGAAGAACAACCUUCGAGACUGGCUUCGGGUGGUUGCCUCUGAUAAGGAGACCUAUGAGCUGCGGUACUUCCAGAUUAGUCAAGAUGAUGAAGGAUCUGAAUCUGAAGACUAGGUGCGGCCUUCUAAGUGGCAGGGCUGGGUUUUUUAAGUACAGUGUAUAACAGUCUGAGACAUCUAUUUAUAACAGCACUUCCUAACUUAUUGGUGAAUAAAAACAUUGUACUCUA